UUUAGGCAUAUAUCAAUUCAAAUUAGUGAGCAGACUGGAUAGUCAAAUGGGUGGGAAUGAAACUCAAGACCUUCCGGUCAUCAACCUCUCCGACAAGAACAUGAAACCGGGAACAGAGCUCUGGAACUCGACGAGAAACAGCGUCCGUGAAGCCAUGGAACACCAUGGUUGGUUCGUGGCCGAGUACAACAGCUUUCCAGCAGAACUCCACAAGUCAGUUCUAGAGGCUUCCAAGGAACUACUUGAUCUUCCUCCCGAAGUUAAGGUAAAGAACGAGAACCACAAGGCUGGACACGGCUACAUAACCAUGAGCUCCGAUGAUCAGCCCGUUCAUGAAGGUCUUGGUAUCGACCAAGCCAACGAUAUCCAACAGUGCCGCCGAUUCUCCAGUCUCAUGUGGCCUGAUCAUCAUAACAAUGACCGUUUCUGUGAAACUGUUAACGCAUAUGCGAAAAUGCAAGCGGAGCUGGAGCAACUGGUGAUAAGGAUGCUCUUUGAAAGCUAUAACCUAGAGAGGUAUACAGAGAAACACAUAAGAGGAUCACGUUACCUUCUUAGGUUGCUGAAAUACAGAAGACUCCCUAAUGGAGAGCCCAACAGGAAGUUCAUUUCUCAUACGGACAAGAGCUUCAUCUCCAUUCUCCAUCAGAACCACAUCACUGGACUCAUGUUGAAAUCCGAGAAAGAGGACGUUUGGUAUCCUUUUAUCCCUUCACCAACCAAGUUUGCUGUUAUAGCAGGCGACGCCAUCAUGGCGUGGAGCAACGACAGAAUCAAAUCGUGUUACCACAAGGUGGAGAUGGAGAGCGUGGAAAUGAGGUAUUCAUUUGGUUUCUUCUCGUUCCAAGAAAACAUGAUAUCGACACCAGAGGUGAUGGUGGACAAGGACCAUCCUUUAGCAUACAAACCCUUUCACCAUGACGGACUUCUCGCUUUCUACGAAACAGUGGAGGUUCAUCUCAAGGCACACCGUACCAUGACCAAGGCCUAUUGUGGUAUCCAACAAGCGCAUGAACCAAACCACAAUCAUACACAAACCUGAUUAUUUCAACCAAAAUGUAUAUCGAUGUCUGCUUUAUUAUAUCUUUUGAAAUUAAGUGUGAUUUUUAACC